GGAGGAGGAGGAGGAGGAAGGGGUACCGGCACAGAAUAAAUUGGGUCCGCGGCAACUCCCAAAAGCUGAGCGGGAGCGAGAACUAGACACGGAUCGUCCCCUCUCCAUCUGUGGCUCGUCGGGAGCAGAGGCUGGGAAGGCUUGGGAAGGGACGGCGAGGUGCUGUUCUGCUCGGAGAGGCCCCCAUCUCAGGAGAUUAAGAAACGAUGGCUGAGAAACCUAAAUUGUAUUACUUUAAUGGACGAGGCCGAAUGGAACAGAUACGGUGGUUGUUAGCAGCUGCUGGUGUAGAGUUUGAAGAGGAAUUUUUGGAGACCCGAGAGCAAUACGAGAAGCUGCUUCAAGAUGGCUUGUUCCUGUUUCAGCAAACACCCAUGGUGGAAAUGGAUGGGAUGAAGCUGGUACAGACAAGGGCCAUCCUCCGUUACAUUGCUACGAAGUACAACUUGUAUGGGAUGAACAUGAGCGACAGAGCAUUGAUUGACAUGUAUGUGGAAGGAACAACAGACCUUUCUCUCUUUAUUUUGCCAUUCCCUUUCUUGUCACCGGAGGAUCAAGAGCGCCAACUUGUUACUAUUAAAGAAAAAGCAACAAAAAGAUAUUUUCCAGUUUAUGAAAAAGUGCUGAAGGAUCAUGGACAAGAUUUCCUUGUUGGCAAUCGGUUUAGCUUGGCAGACAUACACCUCUUUGAAACUAUUUUAAUGGCAGAGGAAAAAGUCCCCACUAUCCUGAAUGAAUUUCCUCUAUUGCAGGCUUUUAAAACAAGGAUGACUCACAUUCCCACAAUUAAGAAGUUUCUGGAACCAGGAAGCCAGCGGAAACCUAUCCCUGAUGCUAAAUAUGUGGAAACUGUGAGAAAUGUUCUCCAGAUGUAUCACCAGCUAAAGCCAAGUCCUUAAGAUUUCAUCAAGUUGUUCUGAUGAUUUCGAAGAAUUACAAAAUUGUGUAAUAUGUCUAAGACAAAAGCCAUGCUUUCACCUUAGAGACACACACAAUUUGCAGGAGUAUCGCACCACCUUUGUAAACUGGAUUAUAGACUGUGAAUAUAGCUUCUUAUGUAGAUGAUAGUGACAGUUAUAGCAAAGAAAGAGGAUCAUGAUUGUAAAGGGAUUUGAUGUAAGCAUAUUGACUGAUUAAGAUCUACAUUCACUAAGAGAAUCAUAAUUUUAAAAAGUGGUGUUUAAUUCUAGACUACCUGUAAUCUCUAAUUUUUUUUUUUUUUUUUUUUUGGCAACUCAAUAGCCUCCCUGAAAUUAUAAUAUUGAGACUGAGUGACCAAUUUCCAAAAUAGGAUCUCACAAGUUUUGGUAGAAAAUAAAAUGUGGGUCAAUGAAAAAAGUUAAUUCUUCUAAUAGAUAAACCAAGCAUGCAAUCUUUUGGAAGAAAUUCUGUCUCACCAUUCAGCAUGUCACAGGAUAGUUAUCCAGGCCACUGCUGUCUUUAAUCACCACCACCAGCACCACCAUUUUCUUUUUGUAAAAUGUGAUUUGGCUAUCAAAAGUUGCCUGCUGUUUUAAAGGGUAUUGUGCAUCAUUAUAUUGUAUGAAGUAAUAUUUUUACUAGUCCAAUAAAGUAAAAUUUAGCAAGAAACAGAAAAAAAACAUUUUCUAUCUAACAUUGUAUUUUAUUACCAAUGAAAAAGUUUUUUGUUUUUAAACCUUCUUUUUCCUUUCUUUUUCUGUUGUCCCAAACCAUACAUGGUGUGUUCCUUGAUUUUGAUUCUAAGUGGUUUGCAAAUUCAGCCAUUGUGGCAUAUACAACGAACCAGGAUUUAGCAGUGUUACAUAUAACAUGGCAUAAAAAGUGCUCAAAUUAAAUAUGUUUAGGAUUGAAACAUAUAUGUACAGGUGUCUAUAGUAUUGUAUCAAUCUCUUAAAAUAUAUGUCAAUAUUUUAGUACAUUUACAUUUAAUUUGUGGUAUUCAUUUGUAUAGUGACAGACUACUUUUCUCAUAUUGAUCUGUUGCUACUGUGCUUUGGAAUUUUAUUCUGUUCUUAAUGAGCUGUUUUCUUGCACAGAAAAAUAUUUGUUUGCCUGAUUGCCCAGAAAGAACGCUCAUUUCUGAUUUUAUCAGGAUCUUUUGAUUGUAAUCUUUUUAUGACUGACAAUUAUAGAUAAAACACAUAUUCUACUA